UGAAGACUGAAGAGAGAGAGUAUUUUAUGUGAAUAAAUCCUUACACACAAGCAAGUACACUGUAACGGUAAAAUUAAAGAGAGGAGAGAGUAGAGCAAGUUGUUUGAGGAGGGUUUCUACUGGUCAGGGGCCAUUGCCGAUGCUCUCCGAUCAAAUAUGCGGUUCGUCUCCGAAUCAAUGGGGAUUUCUUUUGGGCAUGAAUGCAAACCUCCAAAAGAGAAUGCAUGAGUUCGGAAAUAGAGAUAUAAGAUCUCACAAGGAUUGGCUGAACCACCAUUUGGACAGGCCUAAAAAGGAAUAGUGAAAUGGAUGAAAAUGGACAACGAGAAAGCAGGAGGCAUAGGGUGGAUUACUACAAAGUACCUCCGUGGAACAUGAUAUCCCAGUAUCAAACAAAGGAACAAAACGCUUAUCAUGUAAAUGCAAAGAUCAGCAUGCUCUGUGAUGAAAGGGAUGCAGCUAUUCAAGAACGUGACAGAGCUCUCGCUGAAAAGAAGGUUGCAUUGAACGAGAGAGACGUAGCAAUCCAGCAGCGAGAUGCGGCAAUUGCAGAUCGAGAUAAUGCCCUAAGAGAACGUGACAAUGCCAUUGCUGCCCUCCAAUUUCAUGAGAGUACCAUGAAUGCAGUAUUAGGCAAUAACGCACGUGGAUUGAAGCGCACUAACCAUCCCAGAAACCAGCAAGCCAACAAUGUUAAAUCUGCUCGUAAUUUGGGAGAAAGGUGUAUCACCAAUGCAUUACCAAUAUCAGCCAUUCCAUCUGACGCAGAAAAAGAAGAGAGGACCAAAGUAAACAAAAACAUUACAUCAAAGAAGACAAAAUCACCGAGAAAAGUAAAGAGGAAAGGCGAGGAUUUGAACAGGAAUAUCACGACAGAAGGGUCGAAGGCCGAGUGGGAAGCUCAGGAGUUUGGUUCUAUUAGUCCAAUAAGUUUCAACGAAUCUACGAUGCCGGUCCCCAUUUGUUCAUGCACUGGAGCACCUCGGCAGUGUUACAAGUGGGGAAACGGUGGCUGGCAGUCGUCUUGUUGCACCACCUCAAUAUCGGUAUACCCUCUGCCACAAAUACCGAACAAGAGACACGCAAGAAUGGGCGGCCGAAAGAUGAGCGGGAGUGUUUUUAGCAGGUUGCUUACCAGAAUGGCGUCGGCUGGGCAUGACUUGUCAAUUCCCAUAGACCUCAAGAACUACUGGGCGAAACAUGGAACAAAUCGCUAUAUUACCAUCAAGUAACUUCCUUUUUCUCCCAUACGAGCAAUGUUAAGUGC